CGUCGGUCUGUCCUGCGGGUGGCGCUGUGGCUUCAUACCACUGGUUCAGAAGGCGCGCGUCUCCUCUUCGGUCGGAGGAAGUAGCACAACAACAGAAGAAAGAUGGCCGAAGUGAUCGAGCUGCAGAAGCUGAAGCUUGCUGAACUGAGGCAGGAGUGUGAGGCCCGAGGUCUGGAAACCAAGGGAAACAAAGGGGAGCUCAUCGCACGGCUGCAGGCCUACCUGGAGGAACAUGAGGAAGACGUGGACGUUGAUGAUGUGCUGGCAGAGGAUACAGAGGAAUUCACAAAAGUCGAGACGGCCAACAGCGUAAAAGACGACAAGGAUUCAGAAACUGUUGAGUGUGAGACACCUACCGAUAAGAAGGUGGUGAAAAUAACUCCUCCAUCAACUUCUGGCGAAAGGCUACAGAAGAGAGCUGAACGUUUCAACAUGCCUGCAACAUCUGAAAGCAAGAAGGCCAUACGUGCUGCGAGGUUUGGCCUACCCGCAGAUGAUCCCAGUCCCGCUCCAGGUCUCGUCGCAAACAGCAAAGCUGCUGUGGACGUUGGCCAACUGAAGAAGAGAGCGGAAAGGUUCGGCAUGAACGUGUCCUCCAUUUCACAAAAGAUGGAAGACGAUGAAAAGCUGAAAAAAAGGAAGGAGAGGUUUGGGGUCUCGGCAGUUGCAAAGUCCGGUGGUGGAGAUGAAGCUGAGGUAAAGAAACUGAAGCGCGCUGAACGAUUUGGGAAAGAAUAAAUUACGUUUUAGACUUCCCUUUUUUUGUAAAGCAUUUUCAUGACUGUCCAACAGAGAUUCCUUGAAGAUGAAAAAAUUCUCAAAACGGAUCUCUGUAAAUCAAAAGUGUGGUUAAAUACAAAGGGGUGAGUUAGGAAAACAAACAGAAAACACUUCUUAAUUAUUUGCUGAGCCUCAAGUGAGUGCGACAUUAUACAUUUGAGAAACGUUUUAUUCUGUUUUUCAUAUUCAUAACUCAAUAGAGCAUCUUUUUUUGUUCCGGGAUCACAGUUAUUUUCAAUUUCUUUAAAACAACACUUUUCAUUUGCCUGACCUUUGUAUAAGAGUUAUGGGUAUCAGUUCCUGUGAAAAGUGUUUUUUUUUUUUUUUUGAACUCAUCAUUGCCCAUCUUACUGCUCAUCUCUUGAAUAUCAAUCUCACUAUCUUUGAUUUGGUCCUCUGAAGCUACAAUGAAGUCUAAAACUUCCUAAACCUGCUUCACAGUAAGCCUUCCAUCUUGUUUAGUGGGAGUAGUAUAUUCUCCACAUCUCAGGUUACGAGUUACCACAUGAUCCACUAAUGAAAUACAGAAUAAAAUCACUUCCAAUUCCACGAAUUAAACUGAAGAAUUGAGAAAACUGAGGAAAGAAGUUAGUCUUAAGGCACCGAGGGUGCUUUCAAAAAAGUUGCAAUCUGAAUUAGGAUGUAAUUAGACUGUGACAAUUUUCCUUAAUGCACGUGAUAAUUCUAACACGGCAUCUAAAAAAUGUUCUUCAUGAAAGCAAUAUAAUAAAAAUAAGAAAUCUCAGUUGGCGCAGCAGAGAAUCAGUAAAGUAUUUGGCUUGAGGAAACUAAGAAGAAGUGAAACUGAACAUCGAAAAUUCAGGAUAAUCCAAAGUAAAGUCUGUUUAUUAAAGAUUAUGCAGUUAAAUAUUAUUUUUCAAUUUAGAUGAUAAAACGCACAUAUUUGUAUUUAAUCAUACUUUUGAUUUCAUUUAUUUUCUUCAGAUAGCCUGUUUAUUGUCUUGUUUUCCUUUUGGGAUUCAAUUGGCACAUUGCUUCAGUUAUCUGUCCAUUUUCUAACAUUUUGUGAUUUAAAAUAAAUUGUUUUUGAUUUUUUUGA